AUGACCAGGUCACUUUUAUCCCCCACAGCUGUUCGCCGGCUUUCACACCAACACGCCCGCUUCUUCUCUACGUCUCGGCCCGGCUUGCGCAUCUCCGCAUCCUCCGUCGGCGAAGUCGCUACUUGUCGGCAAACCACUACAAUCACUCCGACUACGUCUCUGUACAAGAUUACUGUUCCACGAUCCAUAUCUCGAUCUCCAUUCCGUCAACAUGUCGCUUCUUUCUCCUCCUCGUCCGUCCGCCCGGCUACCAAAGUCAUACAAAAUCCGAGAACCGGAGAUGAUGGCGAGACGCUUAUGAUCGGGAUUUCGCCUCGAGCUGUGGAGCGUCUUCGAGAAAUUACCGACCCGACCACUUCUCCGUCGGCCACCAAAGAAGAAAAUCCAUACCACCACCUUCGCAUCACCGUGACAAGUGGAGGCUGCCAUGGCUUCCAAUACAUGAUGUCUCUUGAGUCCGAAUCCAAAAUUGACACCGAAGAGGAUACCAUCUUUGAAGGCAACGCCGACCCUUCCGAAAUAUCGACUGAUGCAAAUGGACAAGCAAAGGUUGUGAUGGACGAGCCCUCACUGGAGCUUCUGUCCGGGAGCACCGUGGAUUAUACGACCGAGUUGAUUGGUAGUCAAUUCAAGAUCGUGGAUAACCCGCGAGCGUCAAGUAACUGUGGUUGUGGAACCAGCUUUGACGUGAUGGAUUAA